CGCUCGCCCGCCAAGAUGGCUGCCUACCUGCAGUGGCGGCGCUUCGCUUUCUUCGACCGGGAGCUGCUGACGGAACCCAGCAGGGGCCCCGUGCUGCUCCCCCCGGGCAUCGUGGUCUGCGACUCGGGCAGGGGCAGCCUCGUCUUCGGGGAUUGGGAAGGGCAGAUAUGGUUCCUGCCGCGCUCCCUGGAACUGAGCAGCUUCCAGGCUUACAAGCUGAGAGUGACGCACCUCUUCCAGCUGAAGCAGCACAGCAUCCUGGUUUCGGUGGGGGAGGAGGAGGAAGGAAUCAAUCCUCUGGUCAAAGUCUGGAAUUUAGAGAAGCGUGAUGGUGGGACACCUCAGUGCACCAGGAUUUUCCCUGCAAUACCAGGCAACAAGCUCACACUUGUAUCCUGUCUCACCGUCCAUGAAAAUCUCAACUUCAUGGCUCUUGGCUUUGUGGAUGGGAGUGUUGUGCUUACAAAGGGGGACAUCACAAGGGAUCGGCACAGUAAAACUCAGGUCCUGCAGGAAGGAGGCCACCCAGUUACUGGACUUGUGUUUCGCCAGUCAAGCAAAACAACUCAUCUGUUUGUGGCUACCACCGAGAAAAUUCAGUGUUACACGCUUUCAGUGAAGGACUGUCCUCUGCUGGAACUGGAUAUGCGUGGCUGUGGACUGCGCUGCUCCACGCUCAGCGAUCCCUCCCAGGACCUCCAGUUUAUAGUGGCAGGAGAUGAAUGUGUAUAUCUGUACCAGCCAGAUGAGCGUGGGCCUUGCUUUGCCUUUGAGGGUCAGAAGUUGAUUGUCCACUGGUAUCGGGGCUAUCUGGUCAUAGUGUCGAAGGACUGGAAAACAUCCCCCAAAUCUGAUUUUGCUGGGGGAGAUCCGCAAAACUCUGACAAGCAAAUCCUGAAUAUUUAUGACUUGGGCAACAAGUUCAUUGCCUACAGCUCCGUGUUUGAUGAUGUGGUGGAUGUCCUGGCAGAGUGGGGAUGCCUCUAUGUGUUGACAAGGGAUGGGAAGCUCCAUGUGCUUCAGGAGAAGGAUACGCAGACCAAGCUGGAGAUGCUCUUCAGGAAGAACCUCUUUGAAAUGGCCAUUAACCUGGCUAAGAGUCAUCACCUAGACAGCGAUGGGUUGUCUGAGAUCUUUCGCCAGUAUGGAGAUCAUUUGUACAACAAGGGCAACCAUGAUGGUGCUAUUCAGCAAUACCUCCGCACUAUUGGGAAACUGGAACCAUCUUACGUGAUCCGUAAGUUCUUGGAUGCUCAGCGGAUACACAACCUGACUGCAUACUUGCAGAUGCUCCACUUGCAAUCGUUGGCCAAUGCAGACCACACCACCCUGCUGCUGAACUGCUAUACCAAGUUGAAGGACAUCUCCAAGCUGGAGGAGUUCAUCAAGACCAGUGAGAGCGAGGUGCACUUUGAUGUGGAGACCGCUAUCAAGGUGCUUCGCCAGGCAGGCUGUUACUUACAUGCUGUGUACCUGGCUGAGAAGCACAAGCACCAUGAAUGGUACCUCAAGAUCCAAUUAGAGGAUAUCAAGAACUACCAGGAGGCCCUGCGUUAUAUCGGCAAGCUGCCCUUUGAGCAGGCUGAGAGUAACAUGAAGCGGUAUGGCAAGAUCCUCAUGCAUCAUGUCCCCAAUGAAACUACUGAGCUGCUGAAGAUCCUGUGCACAGACUAUCGACCAGCGAAAGACCACGAGGGCUCCGGCAUGCUGGCAGAGCAGAGGGCCAAUCCUGAUGAGUUCAUCCCUAUAUUUGCUAACAACCCCUGGGAGCUGAAGGCCUUCUUGGAGCACAUGUCUGAGGUUCAGCCAGACUCUAAGCAGGGUGUAUAUGACACGCUGCUGGAGCUCCGUCUCCAGAACUGGGCGCACGAACAGGAUCCACAGGUCAAAGAGAAGUUGCACAGCGAAACUAUUAUCUUGCUGAAAAGCGGGAAGUUCCAGGAUGUCUUUGAUAAGGCAUUGGUCUUGUGCCAGAUGCACAACUUCAAGGAUGGGAUCCUUUACCUCUAUGAGCAGCACAAGCUUUUCCAGCAGAUCAUGCAUUACCACAUGCAGAAUGGGCAGUACCGAAAGGUGGUUGAGGUUUGCGAGCUGUACGGGGACCAAGAGGCCUGCCUUUGGGAACAAGCUCUCAGCUAUUUUGCCCACAAGGAGGAGGAUUGCAAGGAGUACAUCGCGGCUGUGCUUGCACGCAUUGAGACCAAAAAUCUCAUGCCACCUUUGCUAGUUGUACAAACUCUGGCUCACAAUUCUACGGCCACCCUGUCGGUUAUCAAGGAUUAUCUCAUCAGCAAGCUGCAGAGGCAAAGUUGCCAGAUAGAACAGGAUGAACAAAAGAUCCAGAAAUACCGGGAGGAGACCAAGCGGAUCCGCCAGGAGAUCGAAGAGCUAAAAACCAGUCCCAAAAUAUUCCAGAAGACAAAGUGCAGCAUCUGCACCAGUGCUCUGGAGCUGCCCUCUGUGCACUUCCUGUGUGGCCACUCCUUCCACCAGCACUGCUUCGAGAGCUACUCAGAGAGCGGGUCAGAGUGCCCCACGUGCCUUCCUGAAAACCGCAAAGUCAUGGACAUGAUCCGUGCUCAGGAGCAGAAGCGAGACCUGCACGACCAGUUCCAGUAUCAGCUGAAAUAUUCCAAUGACAGCUUCUCAGUGGUUGCGGAUUAUUUUGGCCGCGGCGUUUUCAACAAACUCACCCUCAUCACAGACCUUCCUCCGAGCAAAUCAGCCGCAGUGCUUGAUGCAAGCUUGCAGCGGGACCUGCUUGUGAAGACAAAGAGGAGCACCUAGAAGCUGGAGGAACCCUUUGGUCCUGAUCUGUUCAGUUGGGCGGCACAGGCAGUUUCUUUGUGGAGCUGGGAACUGGCAAAGGCUGGGAUUGUAUGGGAAGAAACAGUGUCAAGUUCAGCAUAAUUGCCAUAAGGGACAGGACGGAUGCGGAGAAGCAUGACUCGGAGGGGAAUUGACCCUUC